GAGGGGGAGAGCCGGUGUCGGGCUGCAGCUGGCAUUGCAGCUGGCCCAGGGGGGCGACCGGAGCCGCCCACGGGCGAGUCACCCCCUCAGCCAUGGCCAGCGCCAAGCCGGGGCGCCCCAGCCCCCCCAGGGAGGGCUCGGCGGCUCCGGAGAGGUAUUCUGGAAUUCCCACGGCAGAGGGUCGCCCUGACCGUCUAGAGGAGGAGGUAGAAAUGCCUGAAAUCUGGGGUCUUUCGGAGCCCCUGGGCCCAGAGGAGACCCCCAGCCUUGGGCAACAGGCUCCGGAAGAGACCCUUCACCUGGAAGAAGACCUUUACCCAGAGGACAACCUCUUCUUCGAAGAAGACUCUUUCCUGGGGGAGAGCUUCGCCCCAGAGGCCUUCUUCCCGAGAGAGCCGCUCUACCUGCAGGAGACCCCCACCCCGGGGGAGACCCUCCAUCUGGAGGAGACCCCCACCCCGGGGGAGCCCCUCCAUCUGGAGGAGACCUCCAUCCCGGAGGAGACCCCCACACCGGAGAAGGCCGUCCACCUGGAGGAGACUUCCACCCCGGGGGAGACCCUCCACCUGGAGGAGACCCCCACCCCAGGGGAGGAGGAGGAGGAGGGGGGCCUGAGCCUGGCGGAUCUGGAGCUGAUGGAGCUGCGUUUCGAGGAGUGCGUCGAAGCGGUGAGGGGGCUGGAGGAGGAGCGGGAGGAGCUGAUCCGUCAGCUGGUGGCUCUGCGGGAGCCAGCCCUGCAGGAAGUCCAGCAGGCCCACCAGGCCAUCCUCAGCGCCUACAAGCAGCAGGCCCAGGUGGAGCUGGAGCGGGACGGCCUGCGGGACCAGAUCUGGGCCAUCAAGCAGAAGCUGUUCAAGGUGACCAAGGAGUGCGUGGCCUACCAGUACCGGCUGGAGAGCCGGCGGCAGGACGUGGCCCAGGCGACCGCCCAGCGGGAGGAGCUGACCGUCCGGGCGGCCCAGCUGGCCGAGGAGCUGGCCCGGCUGCGGGCCGCCUGCCAGGAGGAAACGGAGCAGGCCCGGCGGAGGCUGGACGUCACCCCGGCCCCCGCGGACGGCCGCCUGCUGCAGGAGAGCCGCCGCUUCUCCAGCCAGUUCGAGAGCUUCCUGGCCCAGAGCCGCCAGGGCCUGGAGGAGCAGUACGAGCCCCAGUUGGUGCGGCUGCUGGAGCGGAGGGACACCGGGGCCCAGGCGCUGCAGAAGACCCGGGCCGAGCUGCAGGGCAUCCGGGAGGCCCUGAGCCCGCUGCGGGGAGAAGCCGAGCGGCUCCGCCUGCAGAACCGCAGCCUGGAGGAGCAGAUCGCCCUGGUGAGGCAGAAGCGGGACGAGGAGGUGAUGCAGUAUCGGGAGCAGAUGGAGGAGAUGGAAGAAAGGCAGAGGCAGCUGAAAAACAGGGUUCAGGUCCAGCAGCAGAAGAACGAAGAGAUGGAAAAGCUGAGGAACAGCCUAACCCAGGAGCUGUCUGCCUAUAAGGCCACCCUCUCCAAGAGCCCAGGCCAGCCCAAGUCGCCCACGGGCCAGCCUGAGUCGCCCACGUCCCAGCCCGGUGGAGUUGGGAGCGCGCCUCAAGGGGCUGCCUAGAAACCUACGGCCAAAUCCUCAACCUAGAAACAAGGGACGACCAAAGCUGUUAGCGAUGGACUUUCAAGAUCCCUGUUGGAAAUGUUUCUUUUGCGGCAGCAAAGGAAAUUGCCCCCACCAGCCCAGCCCAUCCCAGGAAGGGCACAGGUACUGGGGCCGACUCAUUUGAAAAAGAUUCGUGGCAGCAUCUUGGGGGCAGAACCCCAGACAGUCCUUGGUUUGGUUCUGUUUCGUAGGGUGCCGACGUUACUCCCCCGUGGCAAAGGACGGGAGGAUGUAUCUGCUGCUCCCCAGGAGCGCAAAAAGGAAUCAUGUACCCACUGGCAAAAGGACACUGGUGAGAGGAAUAAUAGGUGUCUGCCUUGCAGUGUUUUGGAAAGUAUGUCUUGCCUUAUUUUACAAUUCAAAAACAGCAGAAGCUUGCCACAGGCAAAAAUGUCAGUGAGGGAGCCAAUUUUAAUUAAGUGGGGCUUUUUAGUUUGAUUUUUCUUUCUGUUUCACAAAGUGUUUGCCUUUAAAUAGAACCCUCUUUGAAAGCUGGGUGUUUCGAAGGGCUCGGUUGCAUUCUGUAGUGCGCUCAAGAGGAAAAUACAGAAUGGUAUUCUUAUUUC